AUGGACGAGUCGUCUCUGUUGGAUCUGCUGGAGUGUUCCGUGUGUUUGGAGCGGCUGGACACUACAGCUAAAGUCCUGCCUUGCCAACACACCUUCUGUCGCCGCUGCUUGGAGAACAUAGUCAGCUCCAGAAACGAACUGAGAUGUCCCGAAUGUCGUAUCCUAGUCGGCUGUGAGGUGGACGACCUCCCGCGAAUAUCUUGCUGGUCCGCCUUGCUGGACGGGAUCAAACAGCGGCCACGGAAUGCAGGCAGUACCAGGCAGUCCCAGGUGGGGGGCGGAGAGUCAUUGGGUUGUGCAGCCGGGAUCAGCGCCUCUCCCCCGGGCAGUGGGAUCAGGGACCUGCCGGUGGCCACAAGGAGCUCCCCCGUCAAGAGUGUCCCGGCCCUGCCCUGUGGGAAGGUCGAACGUAUCUCUCCUCUCUCCUCCAGAGUGUCCCGGCCCUGCCCUGUGGGAAGAGUGUCCCCGGCCCGCCUGGACGCCUGUGGGAAGGUCCUAAACAGUGGUGCCGCCCCUGCCCUGUGGGAGAGGUCUAACGGUAUCUCUCAGCUCCGUGAAAGAUCUUCGCAGAGUGUCCCCGCCUGCCCUGGAGUGGGCCAGGCCUCGUGGCCGGCACCCUGUGGAGGUGGGGCCGUACGUAAUUCUAACUCUCCUCCUGUACCAGAAGUGGUGGAGGCGGUCCCUGCCCUCAGUGUCCCGGCCCUGCCCUGUGAAGGUCUAACGUAUCUCUACUUCUCUCUUCCAGGAGUGGUCCCGGCCCUGCCCAGAGUGUCCCCGGCCUGCCCUGUGGGAGAGUGUAACGUAUCUUCUCCUCUCUCCUCCAGAGUGUUCCGGCCCUCCCUGUGGGAAAGGUCUAACAGUGUUCCGCGCCCUGCCCUGUGUGGGAAGGCUCUCUACUCCUAUGAGGGAAGAACCCGGAGACCUGCAGUUUCGCUAAAGCUAAAUGAAACAGCCAAACAGUUGAUGGAGAUUGACAAGCCGACACCCAAUCCCGUCCCUGGCCCCAGCUCUGACCCACCCCCCGGCCUCCCAUUGGGUCCCUGCUCCUCUGGCCCCUCCCCUAAGCCAUCCUCUCCAGGAAGCAGCAAUGGCGCCCUCCAGAGGCGAGGGGAGGAGAGGAGAGGAGGAGAGGAGAGGAGAGGAGGAGAGGGGAAGAAGAAUGCUAAGAAGCGCCACUCCUUCACAGCUCUGAGUGUGACGCAGCGGACAGCACAGCUCAACAACAGACACAGUAUGGAGAUCUCCCACCCUGUCCUCAUCAGCUCCUCUGACCCCAGGGCUGCUGCACGGAUACAGGACUCUCCCCCUGGUCCCUCUCCCUCCUCAGUAGGGGUUCUGGUUCCUCCCAGAGUGGCUUCAGUCACCUCAGAACUGCUGGCUCAAGCCAAGGUCCAACUACCACUCAACAUCUACCUGGCCCUGUAUGCGUAUAAGCCCCAGAAGGCAGAUGAGUUGGAGCUGAGGAAAGGAGAGAUGUACCGCGUCACAGAGAAGUGUCAGGACGGGUGGUUUAAAGGAACCUCUCUACGCACCGCGGCUUCAGGUGUCUUCCCUGGAAACUACGUCACACCCGUGUCCAGAGCUCCGUUUGCAGUGGGUGGUUCGCGGAACUCCUGUCUCUCAGGGCAGGUGGGAGGGGCGGGACAGGGGAGUAAGGCAGCCUCCCCUUCCUCCCCCCAGUCUGCCGCUGCUCAGCUGAAGAACUGCCUUCGCUCUGGACAACAAACAGUUAACCAGGCCCGCUCUGCCAUGCAACUGGUCCACAGCCCGCCCGCCAGCAGCCCAGAGCGUCCCACAGCGGCCAUCUCUCCUCUCCGACGUCAGACCUCCUCCCCUCGCGCUGCGCUGGCCAAUCGCUCGCCCAAUGUCCAUGGUGUCCCCUGGCCCUUCCCCUCUCCUCCCUGCCUCGCGCCCCUCUCCUGCCUCUCCUCCCUCUCCUUCCCCGUUCCUCUCCCCUCUCAUGCCUUACCCCUCCCAACGCCAGUGCUGCCCUGCUCAAUGGAGAAUCAACCAAUCCCUUCCAGCCACCCUCACCUGGCCCCUCCCACAGCAACGCCCAGGGGCAGUCCCCCAAACCAGAGAAGAGAACUACACUCAGAUCUCAGAUCUAAAGAGAGAAGAGGAGGUCUGCUAAAGCUUCUCUCGGGAGCCGCGGCCAAGAGAAAGUCAUCGCGCUCUCCCCAUCCUCCCCCCGACCCUCCCCCUGUCGGGUGCCGUCCUCCCACAUCACACCGCUCUGGCUCCUGUCCAAUGGAAGCUCAGGGGCGUGCCGGGUCUUGUCCAAUUGAAAGUGAGAUGGUGGGGCAUGGGGUUAGAGCCUCUGCACAGGAAGUCAGGAUCUCGACCUCAACUUCCCCCGGUCGCCCCGACGCCCCGCACCGGAAACGCACUGCUGGCCUCCGGCCUGAACCCAAACCCCUGUCCAGAGAGAGGUAUCGUGUGGUUGUGCCCUACCCCCCUCAGAGCGAGGCAGAGAUCGAGCUGAGAGAGGGAGACGUGGUGUUUGUUCAUAAGAAGAGAGAAGAUGGCUGGUACAAAGGCACUCUGCAGAGGACUGGACGCACUGGGCUCUUCCCCGGCAGCUUCGUAGAAAUCUUCUGAAGAGGAUCGCUACACACAAACACACAGAG